CUGAGUGAGAGGAGGCAGCAUGGACAUCAGCGAGAAUCUGUGUUAAAAAAAAAAAAAAAAUCAGUCAUAUUGGGGGGGUUGUAUCAGGCUCGGCGCCAUGAAGGUAAAUGAGAACACUUUACUGGAGGGACACAGGGUUGUGUUGGUUCCUUACAAUGCGGAUCACGUGCCCAGGUAUCAUGAGUGGAUGAAGUCUCCUGAGCUGCAGCAGCUGACCGCUUCAGAGCCGCUGACCCUGGAACAGGAGUACGACAUGCAGAGGAGCUGGAGGGAAGAUAAUGACAAGUGCACGUUCAUUAUCCUGGACAAGCAGCGGUGGGCAGACCCCAGUGUGGAGGAGGAGCAGUGCAUGGUGGGAGAUGUCAACAUCUUCCUGACUGACCCCACAGACCCCACCUUGGCUGAGCUGGAGAUCAUGAUAGCAGAGCCCAAUUACAGAGGGAGGGGCAUCGGGAAGGAGGUGACACACAUGAUGAUGUGCUACGGAGUCACCAAACUUGGGGUCAAAAAGUUUCAAGCGAAAAUCGGGCUGGACAACGAGGUCAGCAUCGGCAUGUUCAAGAAACUCCAUUUCCAGGAGGUGUCGGUGUGUAAGGUGUUCAGAGAAGUGACCCUUGAGAUGACGGUGGAUGAGUCUGUUCGGACGAGGCUGCUGGACGUCACGAGCUUUAUGAAGGAGCGGGACUACGCACAUACCUGUGGCAACAGACAGGAACUGGCUUCACAGUGAAGAGCUGUGCUGGACUCUCGCUUCCUGAAGACUUCCGGCUGUGAAGCAGAUCGUUCUGCACAGGUGACAAAACCCAGGGACACCACGGUGAAAACCAGUGCGUGGUUAAGACUUUAGCAUGCACACGCACAGCACAGUCCCACGUUCACCUGUGUACACUGCUUUACCUGGUGCACCAGAACACCUGUUCACUCCUUUCUCUGAAUUCUGAAGCAUCCAGGUCCAGGAGCUAUCCCUUCUGACGUCUCUGAGGAGCCUUGAAAAGAAAUAUUUAGACAUUUUGGGAGAUAUGCUCAGCAGCUGGUUAGCUUAGGUGGAGGUAGAGGAAAAUGUUUUGCCCGGCUGCGCCCAACGGUAACAAAAUCCAGUUACACACACAGUUCCGCACACAGUAAACAAACAAGAUACAAGGUGUUAAUUAGGGAGUUUUAGAUGAGCUGGUGGGUGGGUUUUCUUACCUUCGAACACAGCCAGGCUCAUUGUUUUUCCCUGUCUCCACAGCGAGAAAGCCAGUACCUUAGAAAAAGAAAAAGCACAUCAUUUCCAAAACGUCAGUGUUCUUUUAAAUUCAAAAACCACAAGAAGAGGAAAAACUUUUUCUUCCACUUCCAUCACACUAAAAGCCCACAAAGCUCCAUUAAAUUGGCUGUUGCCCAAUGAGAGUAUUAAUGGGGAAGGUAAAACAAAAGCGUUUUAUUACUAAAUGCAUUUAAAAGGCCAGUUUUUAGAAAGUUUUGAUUUUGAUUUUUUUUUUGUCAGGUCAAACUGCUUCUUUCUAAAACAUUUGUGGUCAUGCUGACAGCGAGAGGAUGACAUACAGAAACCGCUGGAAGUUUUUUAUAUUUAAUUAUUAUUAUUUUAUUAUUAUUUUAUUUGGGCUGGCAAACUAUACAUGUAGGAAAGCACAAAGCCUCAUGAUUCUGUCUGUGUAAACCAUUUUAAGAUCGCGGCAUCGCUGUUUUGUAGCAGCAGUGCAUGCAAAAUAAAUUAAUUAAUUAAAAACUGGGCUAUAAUAUAUAUUAAAUGUUGCCUUUAAAAUCUAAGUUCAGAAAUUGACCCUGAAUAGAAAAAAAAUAUUAAUGUCAGAAAGAGCAGUGUUUCCCUUUGAUGGUGCUAACCAGAGUGAAACCAUCUUGCAUAUUACAGCAAACAUGUUUGUCUCAUAUUCCACCUAAUUGCAGCAUUAGUCUGCUGCAUUUCUCAUAAUUUUCUUGCUCCAAACCGGAAAGCUGGUGGUUGAGAUUAAAUGUCAGCUGCAUGAUCUUUAUUGAUCUAACGGCUUUCACAUCGCACCGCAUGACCCCCAAAUGUGAGAUGGAGGCUUCAUCGUUCUAUUUGCUGAAGCCUCUCAAACCGCAGUGUGUUGUGUCCAACUACUCCGGUCAUGGACAAAUCUUACAUCUUGUUUUGUAUCUUGUUUCGCCUUUAACAUUAUAUGUUGAAUCGGCCUGUCUGAACUAAAAUUAAAAAUUAGAGGAGCUGAUCAGGAUUUUCACAUCUAUGAGCGUUUUGCCUGUCAGGCAACAUACCGGCCAGCCUGUCUGUCUUGGUGUAGGAGUCUUUUGGGGCUGUACAGCUCCUGUACAUCUACCUCCUCUUCAUGUUUUGGUGGAUUAAGAUAUUUAAUUUAAAUAUGUUUUUCUUUGCAGUUGAUAAUCUCCUGCUAGAUUUGAACAUUAUUCAAAGAUCAUCAGUCACACUUUGUGCUAAUUAGCAAAUGAUAGCUUGCUAGCAGGAUAAACAAACAUGGCGAACGAGGUAACCAUUGUACCUUGCACCUUAGCAUUUUAGCUCACAGCUGAGUUUUGUCACUGUACGGCCUCACAGAGCUCGUCUUGUUAGACUUCCAUUAUUGUGAAAAGCACAGUAAUGAAUUUCAUUAUAUGUUAUUUUCUAGAUUGAUUAGUUUCUUAUCGGACUAAUGGUGACUGUGGUCGCUGGCUUUCACGGGCUGCUCUCUCGCUCAUAUUAGGUGGUUUAUGGCCUCAUAUUUCAGUCGUCAUAUGAGCUCAUUCACAUUAAUGUUUCUAAUGUGUGGAUCAGGAAAUGGAUUUUAUCCAUUGUGCAGAUGCAUUUGUUUGCAACUUCUUGGCAUUUGUGCUGU